CCUCUUCUCCGAGUCGGAAAAUGUCUCUUUCUCUAAAGAAUAAAUCUUUUUCUCUUCUCUGUGUUACCCUCUUGAAUUUUUCCGCGAAAAAAUCUCAAAUUCUGAAACUUUCCAGAUUUUGACAACAAUCAGAUCUUAGAUUUUGAGUUCAAAAGGGUUCUGUCUGAUUGUUAGGGUUACGAUAAUGUUGGUACAGAGAAGAGUAAUGAGUUGGAGAAGAGUCUGGAAGUCUCUUCAAGCCGCUUCUGCGCAUUGUUUGCUCUUUUCCUUUACGCUUCUUCUUGCUUUGAAGCUUGAUCAUGUUGUUUCUCAUUCAUGGUGGUUUAUAUUUACACCCUUGUGGCUGUUUCAUGCUGUGAUUGCUCGAGGUAGAUUUUCGUUGCCUGCUCCAUCAAUGCCUCAUGAUCGACAUUGGGCUCCUUUUCAUUCGGUUAUGGCAGCGCCACUGCUUGUUGCUUUUGAGAUCCUUCUUUGUGUACAUCUUGAAGAUAAAUAUGUUGUUGACUUAAAGAUUGUCUUCCUACCGUUGCUUGCUUUCGAGGUAGCAAUUUUGAUAGACAAUGUCAGAAUGUGCAGAACACUCAUGCCUGGAGAUGAGGAAACUAUGAGUGAUGAAGCCAUAUGGGAAACACUUCCUCAUUUUUGGGUUUCCAUAUCUAUGGUUUUCUUCAUUGCCGCAACAACCUUCACACUUCUUAAGUUAUGUGGUGACGUAGCUGCAUUGGGAUGGUGGGACUUGUUUAUAAACUUUGGAAUAGCAGAGUGCUUUGCCUUUCUUGUCUGUACAAAGUGGAGCAACCAAACAAUUCAUAGGUAUUCACAUGUACCGGAACCUAGUUCAUCGUCGAUGGCAGUAAGAUAUCUGGACUGGAACAGAGGUCUAGUUGUAAGCGCUGACGACGUGCAUCAGCAAAGCAACAGAAUAUGUGGUCUCCAAGAUAUUGGUGGACAUGUUAUGAAAAUACCAUUCAUUACCUUUCAAAUUAUCCUUUUCAUGCGCUUAGAGGGAACACCUGCCUCUGCCAAGAACAUUCCAAUUUUAGUUCUGUUUGUACCACUUUUUCUGCUACAAGGAGCUGGAGUAUUGUUUGCUUUAUUUAGGUUGGUUGAGAAAUCAGUCUUGUUAAUAAAUAGUGGUGGUGGUUCUUACGGUAGAUAUUAUAGUGUAACAUCAUCAGCUCGUGAAUUCCUGGGAUUCUUUCAACAUGGUGCAAGAUUACUUGGCUGGUGGUCGAUUGAUGAAGGAAGUCGGGAAGAACAAGCUAGGCUCUACUCUGGAGAAGCUACUGGAUACAACACCUUCUCACCAGAGGUUGUGAAGAAAAUGCCAAAGUCUGAUCUUGUUGAAGAGAUAUGGAGACUCCAAGCUGCAUUGAGUGAGCAAACAGAUAUAACCAGUUAUAGCCAGCAAGAGUACGAAAGGCUUCAAAAUGAGAAGAUUCUUUGUAGAGUUUGCUUUGAAGAUCCCAUCAAUGUAGUUCUACUCCCAUGUAGACAUCACGUCCUCUGCAGUACAUGCUGUGAGAAAUGCAAGAAAUGCCCGAUAUGUCGUGUCCUGAUCGAGGAGCGUAUGCCUGUAUACGAUGUAUAGAUUUGCGGACGAUCAUAAUGAAGAAAUUUUUUCUUGCUUGUUUGGUUUUUUUUAGUAAUGAAGCAAGCACUUAUAUAUAUAUAUAUGUUACAACUUGCAUAGGAAAAUCCAAUUCGUUUUCCAGUGGAUGUACAUAAUACUGUAAUCCAUCGUAUAUGUCAUGAUUCAUGAAUCUUGUUUCUCUCUC